AUGGUCAAGUCUUCAGAUGUCCUCCUCAUCGUCGUGGCCAUCCUCUUCCCGCCAGCAGCCGCUGCCUUCAUCACCGGCUGCUCAUGUGAUCUCCUCAUCAACAUCCUCCUGACAGUGUUGGGGUACCUCCCUGGUCACAUCCACGCCUGUGAGUUCCUGAUCUACAAGAAGAUCAAGGCGGAGGAAGAGUUCGGCUACGGAGGCUUCCGCUACGUCGGCUCCGGCAGAUAUGUGGCCGCUUCGGGACAGGCUCAGAACCAGGCACCGCCUUCGUACGGAGCCGUCUGA